AUGCUGGGACCCGGGUAUAACGCCAAACCAAACCUAACCAAACAAACAGAUUUCUCAGAGUCAGAGCCAGAGCACGACUUCAUGCCAGGCCCUCUACCAAACGCCCGACGCCAUGAUACCCCACGACGAGCCGUUCACAGCCUGUUCGGGGCCAUGUAUGUAUCUGCGCUGCUACUUUAA